AUGGACUUGCGUAGAGACAAACCACCGCCGAUAGCUCGAUUCAUGUUCUCGGUGCUAGCACUUGCCUCACAAAUUCUGGCAAAUGUGAAUGUGAUUGCACAGACUGCCGAAACCAUCAGCCUUGCUCCACCUGCAAAAGUUCGCCAGAUCAGAAUACCCGGCGACAUCUUGAUCGGUGGCGUCUUUCCGGUACAUUCAAAGUCAUUAAACGGAGAUGAGCCAUGUGGCGAAAUUGCAGAGACCAGGGGUGUGCAUCGAGUGGAAGCGAUGCUAUAUGCAUUGGAUCAGAUCAAUUCUCAAAAUGAUUUUCUUCGCGGGUACAAACUGGGUGCACUUAUUCUUGACUCAUGCUCAAAUCCAGCAUAUGCAUUGAAUCAAAGUUUGGAUUUUGUAAGGGAUAUGAUCGGAUCGUCAGAGGCGUCUGAUUAUGUUUGUCUUGAUGGAAGUGAUCCGAACGUCAAGAAACAAUCGCAAAAGAAAAAUGUAGCAGCGGUAGUCGGUGGGAGUUAUAGUUCAGUUUCUGUACAGUUGGCUAAUCUGUUGCGUCUGUUCCGUAUAGCACAAGUCAGUCCAGCAAGCACAAAUGCUGAUUUGUCGGAUAAAAACCGAUUUGAAACUGUCCCAUCUGAUGACUAUCAAGCUAUGGCAAUGGUGGAAAUAGCAGUUCGAUUCAAGUGGUCUUAUGUGUCUUUGGUUUAUUCGGCGGAUGAAUACGGAGAAUUGGGAGCUGAUGCAUUCAAAAAAGAAGCGAGAAAGAAAGGAAUCUGUAUUGCUUUGGAAGAAAGAAUCCAAAAUAAAAAAGAGAGUUUCACUGAGUCAAUAAACAACUUGGUUCAAAAACUUCAACCGGAGAAAAAUGUGGGUGCCACGGUGGUCGUUUUGUUUGUGGGAACAGAAUAUAUUCCGGACAUUUUGCGGUAUACUGCUGAGAGGAUGAAGUUGACGUCUGGAGCGAAGAAGCGUAUCAUUUGGCUGGCUUCUGAGUCGUGGGAUAGGAAUAAUGACAAGUACACUGCCGGGGACAACCGACUUGCGGCUCAAGGAGCCAUUGUUCUGAUGUUGGCAUCACAGAAGGUGCCUUCAUUUGAAGAGUAUUUCAUGAGUCUUCACCCGGGAACGGAAGCGUUUGAAAGGAAUAAAUGGUUGAGAGAGUUAUGGCAAGUGAAGUAUAAAUGCGAAUUUGACAUUCCUCCCGGGACUAAAGGAACCAGGUGUGAGGACAUUAAGCAAUCCACAGAAGGCUUCAAUGCAGAUGACAAAGUUCAGUUUGUGAUAGAUGCCGUAUACGCAAUCGCCCACGGUCUCCAGUCAAUGAAACAAGCUGUGUGCCCCGACGACGCUAUUGAGAACCACUGGAUAUCGCGAUACAGUAAACAACCUGAAAUUUGUCAUGCCAUGCAAAAUAUCGACGGAAGUGAUUUCUAUCAAAACUAUCUUCUUAAGGUCAACUUUACUGACAUCGUUGGAAAAAGGUUUCGAUUUUCACCGCAAGGAGAUGGUCCGGCAAGCUACACUAUUCUAACUUAUAAGCCAAAAACCAUGGAAAAAAAGCGGAGGAUGACCGAUGACGAAAGCUCGCCUUCAGAUUAUGUAGAAAUUGGACACUGGAGUGAGAACAACUUGACAAUAUAUGAGAAAAACUUAUGGUGGGACCCAGACCAUACUCCAGUUUCUCUUUGUUCUUUGCCAUGUAAAAUUGGUUUCCGGAAACAGCUGAUUAAGGAUGAACAAUGUUGCUGGGCCUGCAGUAAAUGUGAAGACUACGAAUAUCUAAUCAACGAAACUCACUGCGUGGCAUGUGAACAAGGGUGGUGGCCAACUAAAGAUAGAAAAGGAUGUUUUGACUUGUCACUCUCUCAACUGAAAUAUAUGAGAUGGAGGUCCAUGUACUCUCUUGUUCCAAUGAUUCUGGCAGUUGUUGGAAUAAUUGCAACAUUGUUUGUAAUUGUGGUUUAUGUGAUAUACAAUGAAACUCCUGUGGUAAAAGCUUCUGGACGGGAACUCAGUUACAUAUUACUCAUUUCUAUGAUAAUGUGUUAUUGCAUGACAUUUGUUCUUCUUUCCAAACCAAGUGCGAUUGUCUGUGCUAUCAAACGAACUGGAAUUGGAUUUGCAUUCUCUUGUCUCUAUUCCGCGAUGUUCGUGAAAACAAAUAGGAUUUUCCGAAUUUUCAAUACUCGAUCAGCUCAACGUCCAAGAUUCAUAUCUCCCAUCUCUCAGGUUGUCAUGACUGCUAUGCUUGCUGGAGUACAACUGAUCGGAAGUCUUAUUUGGCUGUUUGUAGUGCCACCAGGCUGGAGACAUCAUUAUCCAACUAGGGACCAAGUGGUGUUGACUUGUAAUGUUCCUGACCAUCAUUUCUUGUAUUCCCUGGCAUAUGAUGGAUUCUUGAUUGUUCUCUGUACGACAUACGCAGUCAAAACAAGAAAAGUACCGGAGAAUUUCAAUGAGACGAAAUUCAUUGGCUUUUCAAUGUACACCACUUGUGUCGUGUGGCUCAGUUGGAUUUUCUUCUUUUUUGGAACUGGAAGUGAUUUCCAGAUCCAAACAUCAUCUUUGUGUAUUUCAAUUUCCAUGUCUGCAAAUGUGGCAUUAGCGUGCAUUUUCUCCCCCAAACUCUGGAUCAUUUUGUUUGAAAAACACAAAAACGUCAGAAAGCAAGAGGGAGAAAGCAUGCUUAACAAAAGUAGCCGAUCCCUUGGCAAUUGUAGUUCCCGAUUAUGCGCAAAUAGCAUCGACGAGCCCAACCAGUAUACCGCCUUAUUAACUGACAGUACCCGGAGACGAUCAUCACGCAAGACAUCUCAACCAACGAGCACCAGUUCUGCUCAAGACACUUUCCUGUGA